AUGGGAGAUGUUGUAGAAAGCAAAGAAUGGUACGUAGCUGCAUAUUGUCCUGAAGGUGUUCCAACAUCAGAUCAUCUUAAACUCCGCACUGUCUCUCUUUCUCUUGACUCUGAUUCAAUCCCUGAUAAUCAUCUCGCAGUCGAAACUCUCCUUCUCUCCGUUGAUCCAUAUCUUCGAGGAACAUUCACCGGCGUCGUUGAAGGCCUUUACAUGCCCCAAUUUCAACUUAAUCAGGUUCUUUCAACAUUUGCGGUAGUAAAGGUAAUUCGAUCAAAGGAUAGUGCAUACAAUGAGGGAGAUAUUGUUUUGAAUGGAUUUGGUGUGGCUUCUGAGUAUAGUAUUGUGCCAUCUUCUCACAUAAUCCGAAAAAUCGAUCCUUCUAAUGGGAUUUCAUUGCCGGAUUAUCUUGGCUCUUUAGGAAUACCAGGUUUUGCAGCAUGGAUUGGAAUAGAGGUGCUUGGAGAUCCAAAGGCAGGAUCGAAUGUGUUCAUAUCUGCAGCUUCAGGUGCUGUUGGUAUGAAUGCUGGACAGCUUGCUAAGAAUAGAGGCUGUAGAGUCAUUGGAAGCACAAGCUCUGAUGAUAAGGUAAAACUCAUCAAAGAAGAAUUUGGAUACGACGACGCAUUCAACUACAAUAUAGAGACAGAUUAUGAUGCCGCUUUAAGCAAGUAUUUCCCUGAUGGUAUUGAUGUUUACCUUGACAACGUUGGUGGUAAAAUGCUUGAAGCUGUACUUAACCAUGUCAACAAGCGUGCUAAGAUACCACUUUGUGGAAUGAUAUCUCAAUAUAAUAAGGUUUGGACUGAAAGAGAAGGGGUUAGGAGUCUUCUGAAUUUGGUGGGAAAGGAGGUGAGGAUGGAAGGUUUUAUGCUAGAAUCAUAUUGGCAUCGUUUUGGAGAUUUUGCUAAAGAUAUGGAAAGAUACAUACAAGAAGGCAAAGUUAAGUCCAAGACUAAAAUUAAUAUUGGAAUUGAGAGCUUUUUGGAGAGUUUCAAUUCCUUAUUCUCAAGCUCUAAAAUUGGAAAAGUUGUUGUUCAAGUUAAGGAAUAG